GAAAGGCGCGCGUAGUAAAUCUCAUGUGUGUUAGUAACACACAUAACGACCGGCAUUUUUGCCUUUUACUCAUCCAUGUGGUCGUAAGAAGCAAGAGAAUUCGUGCGCAGUUUAUUUUUAAUCGUCGUACUGUUCGGAUGCACACUUCUUGUUCCACGAAAAAAAAUUGUUCCAAACAAAAAUCAGUUCGAAUCCCAUUCUAAUUGAAAUAUUUCGUUAAUUUGUGACGUUAAAAGUGAAAUUCUGUGCCAAAAAGGAAAGUUCUCCGUUACGAGAUAAAAAUAUGGUUUACUUCAAGCAAUAUAUCCCAGUGCCCGAUGAUGAAGCUCAAUUCGAGACUCUUGUCACAAAAGUAAAGGAUUUUGCCUUGAUGCAUGGGGCUUGUAUGCGAGCCAAAGACAAAUUCGACCCAGAUGUGUUGCAAUUCGCCCCUUUUGUGCUGAUUCCGAGUCCAUUUCCGCGAAAAGAGUUCGAAAUGGCGCUCUACCUUCAACCAAUCUUGAACGAAUUGAUGCAUCGCGUCGCUCAUGAUGAAGAAUUCCUGCGACAAACGCUCGAAAAGACGAUAAAAGUUGAUCCUUUCACUGCCAAACUCUUUAAAAUCUUCGAAACUUGUCAGCGGGAAGGCGUCAAACAACCCAUCGCCCUUGGAUGUAUUCGUUCCGACUUGAUGCUCGAGUCAACUUGCUCCUCGACAAACUCCCGAAAGCGAAAAAGCGGAUGUUGCGUCAAAGAUUUGGAAGAUUGUUGUGUCUAUUGUUGCUUCAAACAGGUCGAAAUCAAUACAAUCGCUUCCGGGUUCGGGCAUUUGGGUCCCAUAAGUCGCACAGUACAGGAAUAUGCCUUACGCGAGCUCGGACAAGAGGAAAAAGUGAAAAAUCUCCCGGAAAAUACGGCUCUUUCGGGUUUGUGUGACGGAAUGAUUCGCGCAUGGGACUUGUACGGAUGCCACGAAGCUGUCAUCAUGUUCGUUAUUGAAAAUGUUUCGUACAACAUUUGCGAUCAGCGAUUUCACGAGUUUCAUAUUCGCAAAGCGCGGCCCGAUAUUAAGGUAAUUCGCAAGAAUUUGACGCAAAUUUACAAAAAUGGUCAACUAAAUGACAAGGGAGAGCUUUGUAUCGACGGAAAAAUUGUGAGUGUCGUGUAUUUUCGUGCCGGAUACGAGCCAGCGCAAUAUCCAACGGAAAAUGAGUGGGAUGCGCGACUCAUGAUUGAACGUUCGCUCGCGAUAAAAUGCCCGACGAUCGGUUAUCAUCUCGCAGGCACGAAAAAAGUGCAACAAGCACUCGCAACGCCCGGGGUUUUGAACCGUUUCUUGCAAGACGAGAAGAAAAUCAACGACGUGCAGGAAAUUUUCACCGGAAUUUAUGCCUUAGACAAGUCCGAAGAGGGAGACAGAGCAGUUAAAAUGGCUUUGGAGCACCCGGAACGGUUUGUCAUGAAGCCGCAACGUGAGGGAGGCGGCAACAACGUUUUUGGUAAAGACAUUCCCGCAGUAUUAAGUAAAAUGACGGAUUUGGAGCGUUCGGCGUGGGUUCUCAUGGAACAAAUUGUCCCGCCGAUGACAAAAGGAUAUAUUAUUAGACCGCGACAACCCAUUCCGAAAGAACCGACAGAUUUGGUGUCUGAACUCGGGAUUUUUGGCGUAAUUAUUGGGACAAAAGAUGAGAUUUUGUUCAAUAAACAAACGGGGCACAUGUUCAGAACGAAGCUUUCGACGGCGAAUGAAGGAGGUGUUGCUGCUGGAUUGGGAGCUCUUGAUAGUCCUUACUUAAUUGAUUGAUUGUUUGAUAGAUUUUUAGCAGGGAAAUGCAUUUUUUUAGAGAAUUAGAAUAAAUUUUUAUGAAAAAUUAAUGGACCUGUCGACUUUGUUCUACCCAUCGAGAUUUCUUU